AUGUCUUACUCAGCUCCCUUCAAGCCAAACCCCAACUACGACGUCGAUGCUACCCUCCUAGACAUCCUCGUCCAGUCCCACCACCCCGUCCUCGGGUCCGGCCCUGCCGCCGAGAAGCUCGCGCACAUCGAGAAGCAGUACAAGGGCUGCAUCAAAGUCCUGGAGGACCGCAAUGCUGCCCUGGUGAAGGAGGUAGAGGCUGCGGCCACGAAGGUCGAGCGCCUCGAGACGGAGGUCUGCGCGUUGGAGGGAGAUGUGGAGACGCAGCUGGCGGUCCUUCAGUGCAUGAAGAGGACGGAGUGCGUCUUCGUCCAAACGCACAUUGUGCCAGAGAAGAAGGUUGUUCUUCGUAUUGGGGAGGAGAUGUGGAGCGGAAUCUUCAAAGAGGCUUAA